AGAGAGAAAGAAAGAGAGAGAGACUUGGCCCUUUCUGAACUUUCUUGUGGACCUUAUGCCUAGAGGCUUGCUGAUUCAUUGAGCACAUGUGGAGAAUAGCUCCAGUAAUCCAUAUCUACACAAACAGCUCUCUGGCUUUGAACAGGACGCCUACCUCUGCAUCCACUGUACUAUGACAAAUUGGAACACCAGGCAACACUGGAAGGAAGGAGGAGCCUUCUGAUGUCUCCCAGGCAAGGUUUAAUAACCUCCUGCCUCUCCUGUGAGAACACUCUCCUAAAUUCCUUCACUCCUUUUGCCUGCCUGGACACUUCAGCUACUUGCUUUAAAGACGUCAGCCUAAGGUCCACGGAACUCGCCUAACCACUUAGGCCGUUAACAGGUCUUCUAGUUCCCAGCAUGCAGUGCUGGCAACCGUCUGCUCCUAUGGGCACCUUUCUGGAAACCAAAAAGCAGUUGGCAGGGCAGGUUCUCCUGCUGCUGUUGCUCCCUGCUGCUGUGGCUUCAAGCAGCGAUCCUGAGCAAGCAGUCAACUUGAGAAAAAGAGCUGAGGACUUGAUGAAGGCCUCCCCUUUGAUAGACGGUCACAAUGACUUCCCACUAAUUCUGAAGUGGCAUCUUCAGAACAAACUGAAUGGCACUGAUUUACACACGUAUGAACGAAGCCACACCAACAUCAUGAAGUUGCAAGCCGGGCUGGUGGGAGCUCAGUUCUGGUCAGCCUAUGUCCCAUGCGGCACCCAGAAUAAGGAUGCCUUGCGCCUGACUCUGGAGCAAAUCGAUGUCAUCAAGCGCAUGUGUGACAAAUACAAUGAGCUGGAGUUUGUGAGCUCUGCCGAAGCCCUCAGCCAAAGCAAGAAGAUCGCCUGCCUGAUUGGAGUGGAGGGUGGCCACUCCAUUGACAGCAGCCUGCCGGUCCUGCGGACAUUCUACGAGCUGGGGGUGCGCUACCUGACGCUAUCACACACCUGCAACACACCUUGGGUGGAAACUUCAUCCAAGGAAACUCACCACUUCUACCUGAACGUGACCGGGCUGAGCAGCUUUGGUGAGGAAGUGGUGAAGGAAAUGAACCGCCUUGGCAUGAUGAUUGACUUAUCCCACACAUCUGAUGCCACUGUGAAGCAUGCCCUCCGCAUCUCCCGGGCUCCAGUCAUCUUCACUCACUCCUCAGCCUUUUCAGUGUGCAACCAUCCUCGGAAUGUGCCAGAUGAAUUUCUGCUGCAGCUGAAGCAGAAUGGAGGCAUUGUGAUGGUGACCUUCUCCAUGGGUGUGAUCCAGUGCAAUCAAUCAGCCAACAUCUCCACAGUGGCAGAUCAUUUUGACCAUGUGAAGAAAGUGGCUGGAGCAGAAUCGAUCGGGAUUGGAGGGGACUACGACGGGGUUGCUAAGCUCCCAACAGGCCUGGAAGAUGUCUCCAAAUACCCUGAUUUGAUCGCAGAGCUCCUGAGGCGGGGCUGGAGUGAAGAAGAGUUGAAGGGAGUGCUGCGGAACAACCUCCUGCGGGUGUUCAAGAGAGUGGAACAGGUUCGGAGGGAGAGCGUGGCUGAAACCCCCAAUGAGGCAGAAAUUCCAGUUGAGGAGGUGAAGAAUCCGUGCCGCACAGAGAAGGAAGAUAUAUUAACUGUGUACUCUAGCAGCAAUUCAUUUAUCCUGAAAGCAAUGCUCACCCACAUUGGGGGUGCACUCAUGACAUUCCUGCUCCUAUCAUAUUAAGUUAUGAUCCCCUGGGCAGAGAGCUUGGCUCCUGCCUUUUGGGAGAGGUGCAUUUCCCCACUGAUUUAUCUCCUGGUCUCUUCUUAGAUGGUAAAGGCCCUCUAAUUUUUCCCAGCUUCCCUAAUUGGGAGGGCAUUCUAUCUCCCUCUCAUUAAGCUCCCGACUGCCUAGGCUGAGUCCUCAGGGGACAAUUUUUCUACAUACCCUCUGAAGAUGUUGCUACUAAAAUGGGCCAUAGCACUCUAAUGACCAAAGUCAAAUAAAACUGAGGAUCGUGUCCUA